GCGAGGGGCACCGGCAGGGCUGGGGUGGGGCAGCAGCUGCGGGUUGUGAGUGAGGGGCACUGGGCAUGGGAAGGAGCAAUUUAAGGGUCAAAGGUCACUGCUGGGCCCUGGAACUUCCUCCAGGCCUCCGAUUGGCAAAAGGAACUAGGACCUCCUGGCAGUAUGUGGGGGGGCGGCGGGGGCACAGUGCUAGUGGUGCCUCUCACUCUCGACCUGCAGCUCCUUGCCUUUUGCCGUGGGGGUGCUGCUUUGCUCAGGGUCUGGGGGGGUCCCCACAGGCCAGAGCUGCUAUGAGCGCCGUGAGGUUGCUGCUGCACAGAGCAGCCGGGCGCACGCCCCCCGGGGCCCAGUACUGCCGUGAGGUUGGGGGCGGCUCCGUGCAGGUUUUGAUCCCUCUGGAGAGGCCGGGGGGGCCCAGGGGGGCCCGGGGCCGAGCCACUGCCAUCGCCUGUGGCCUGCUGGGGGCACUGCUGUUCUUCGUGCUGGGCUGUGUGCUGGGGGCAAUGGGGCGGCGGGGGGCACCCCAGGGCUGCAGCGGGCCCCAGACCGAGCUGCUGGCAGCUGGAGGCAAUGAGGAGGGGGUGGUGCUGAGCCCUCCAGGGGAACCCCCCCUCUACUGGGCUGACCUACGGGGCCUGCUGCAGCGUGAGCUGAGCCCCCAGCGCCUCAAUGCCCGUGUCAGGAGAGCCAGCGAGGGCCCCCACCCCCCCGGCUCGGCCCAGGCACAGGCACUGGCUCAGUGGGUCCUGGCCGAGCUCGGGGCCUGUGGGCUGGACCGGGCUUGGACCGACAGCCACUACGUGGGGCUGCCACGCCCUCACAGGCUUCAUCCCAACAUGCUGCUGCGCUUGGACCCAUGGGGGGGCAUCCUGGAGCAGCUCCCCCUGGAGGACCCUGAGGCCUACUGCCCCUACAGUGCACCUGGCAAUGGCACGGGGAGGCUGGUCUAUGCCCACUAUGGGCGGCCCGAGGACCUGGCGGCACUGAGGACAGCGGGGGCUGAUCUCUAUGGGCACCUCGUCCUCGUGCGCGUGGGGGAGAUCAGCUUCGCCGAGAAGGUGGCCAAUGCGGAGGCAGUUGGGGCACGGGGGGUGCUGAUCUACCCUGACCCAGCGGACAUCCCCCAGGAUCCCCCCAACCUGGGGCUGCCCCCGGACACCGCCGUCUAUGGCCACGUGCACCUCGGCUCCGGGGACCCUUACAGCCCCGGGUUCCCAUCCUUCAACCAGACCCAGUUCCCCCCGCUCCGGUCCUCGGGGCUGCCCCGAAUCCCGGCCCAGCCCAUCAGUGCUGCCACUGCUGCCCGCUUGCUCCGGACACUGACAGGCCCUGAGGCCCCCCGGGGGUGGUGGGGACGCCUGCCGGCUGUGCCCUACCACCUUGGCCUGGGGGACCCAGGCGUCCGAGUGCGUCUGGAUGUCCACAAUGUGAAGGUCACGACCCUUAUCAGCAAUGUCUUCGGCUGCCUGCAGGGGCGCCUGGAGCCCGACCACUAUGUCAUCGUGGGAGCUCAGCGGGACUCCCUAGGCCCCGGGGCUGCCCGGGCUGGGGUUGGAACUGCGGUGCUGCUGGAGCUCACCCAGGCCCUGGCUGCCAUGGUCCGCCACGGCUUCCAGCUCCGCCGCAGCCUGCUUUUUGUGAGCUGGGAUGCCGGAGACUUUGGCAGCGUUGGCUCCACGGAGUGGCUGGAGGGGUAUUUCAGCGUCCUGCAUCUCAAAGCCGUCGCCUACAUCAGCCUGGACAACGCAGUGCUGGGAGAUGACAAGUUCAUUGCCAGAACCAGCCCUCUCCUGGUCAGCCUCAUUGAGAGCAUCAUCAAGCAGGUCGACAGCCCCAGCCGCAGCAGCCAGAGUAUCUAUGAGCAGGUCACGGCUUCUGGGCGGCACUGGGACAGUGAGGUGAUCCGGCCUCUGCCCAUGGAGAGCAGCGCCUAUGCCUUCACAGCCUUUGGGGGGGUCCCAGCUGUGGAGUUCUCCUUCGUCGAGGAUGCCCGCCCCUACCCCUUCCUAAGCACUCGGGCCGACACCUAUGCCCGGCUGGAAGCAGCACUGGGCGGACGGCUGCCUGCUGUGGCCGAGGCUGUGGCCGAGGUCGUGGGGCAUCUCCUCAUCCGCCUCAGCCAUGACCGCAUCCUGCCCCUUGACUACAGCUGCUAUGGGGAUGUCCUGCUGCAGCACCUGGCACCGCUCGGGCGUCAUGAGGCCCAGCUGCAGGCGCGGGGGCUGACACUGGGCUGGUUGUACUCGGCCCGGGGGGACCUGGCCCGUGCUGGUGAGCAGCUGCGCCGGGACAUCCUGGGCUCUGACGAGGGCAAUGAGCGGCUCACGCGUGGCUUCAACCUGCGCAUUAUGAGGGUGGAAUUCUCCUUCCUGUCCCCCUAUGUGGCCCCCACGGAGACCCCCUUCCGCCACGUGCUGUAUGGCCGUGGCCCCCACACGCUGCCCGCCCUGGUGGCUGCCCUGGCCCGGUUGCCCCCUGCCGGCACUCCCGCAGCCCCCAUGGACCGUGACGGAGACAGCGACAGGGAGCUGCGGCGCCGCCUGGCCCUGCUGACCUGGACCCUGCAGGCAGCUGCCAACGCCCUGGCUGGCAACCUCUGGGACAUGGGCAGUGGCUUCUGAGGGGCUCCAGCUUGGGGCCCACCUGGGAUCAGGCCCCUCCGCCCGGGAUUGGGCCCCUCCUGGAUCAGAGCCGCUUAGGAUCGGGCAUUUCCAGGAUCGGGGCCACCCAGAUUUGGGCCCCUCCACUCAGAAUUAGGCCUUUUUCAGGAUUGGGCUCCCCAGGCAACUGGGUUCUCUGGAGUCAAUAAAGGGGGCUGAGGCCCUGUUUCUCCGUC